CUUGUGGGGGACGAUGAAUACCGUGCAGGGAAGCGUCAUACUGCUUUUGCCUAUUGAUUUGCUGAGAUGACGCACCAGGAAAUAUUCCUGACCAAUGCCCCGAUUAGAUUAAGAUUCUUGGGCGGAGCGUUGCACGUUGUAUGUCUAAGUAAGCAUGUUCAGUUCUACUAUAAAACCAGCCAAAGUUCAUAUUUUUGAAGAACUGUCUGCUGAAGUGUGAGUGAAAUUUGCCCAGACAUGGAUACUGUCACUGUAUCAGACUCGAUACUUGUGAGGGGACUGGUGUUCAUAGGUGGCUUCACAGUGCUGUAUUACAUACUAAAAUGGUCCUGGAUUUGCUGGUGUGGAUUCAGAGUGUACGUGCUGUCAAAAGUUUGGCAAACUGAUUUAAAGGCAUAUGGACAAUGGGCAGUUGUCACAGGGGCUACCUCAGGGAUUGGCAAAGCUUACGCAAAUGAGUUGGCCAGAAGAGGUCUGGACAUUGUACUGGUCAGCCGGUCAAAAGAUAAACUCCACAUUGUCGCCAAGGAAAUUGAGAGCCAACAUGGACGCCAGACCCAGAUCAUCCAGACAGACUUCACAGAGGGCCAUGACAUCUACCCUGCUAUAGCUGAGGCACUACGGGACCUGGACAUAGGCAUCCUGGUUAAUAAUGUAGGCAUGAACUAUUCUGACAAGUUGGUACAUUUCCUGGACAUUCCCAACCCUGAGCAGAGAACCACCCAGGUGAUCAACUGUAACAUCCUCUCUGUCACCCAGAUGACCAGACUGGUUCUCCCACGCAUGGUUGCAAGAGGGAACGGUCUGAUCAUCAACAUGUCUUCAGAGGCAGGUGCUCAACCACAACCCAUGCUGUCUCUCUACUCCGCCACCAAGAUUUUUGUGACAUAUUUUUCCAGAUCUCUGAAUUCAGAGUACAAGUCACAGGGAAUAACAGUUCAGUGUGUGGCUCCCUUUAUGGUGUCCACUAACAUGACCCACAACUUGCCCCCCAACCUGUUAUUGAAGAGUGCCAGUGCUUUUGCCCGUGAAGCUCUGAACACAGUGGGUCACUCUAGCUACACCAGCGGCUGUGUCUCUCACGCUCUUCAAAACAUUGCUCUGUCCAUUUUCUUCCCUGAUUGGCUGCGCCUUUCAUCCUACUGUGUGAAGCAGACAGAGAAAUUUGCACAGAGGACACAGGAAAAAAAAAAUAUGAAAUGACAGAACAUUCUGCAAGCAAAGAGGACUAAGGAGUGCAAAGGAGGUUGCUACUGAAACGUUUGUGGUGCAUUAAAGAGGUCAUAUUGGAAAUUUGUGUUUUACUUCAUAUGUAGAUAACUAAUUGAUCAAUGUUACUGUUUUUGCAUUGACUGCCAUUUAAAGGUAUUGGUAAUAGGAAAGAGAUUGUGUAAUGUUGAUGUGUUGUUAACAAGCUGACCCCAAAUCCAUCAGGAACUAUAUAGCCUGAGUGCAGCAGAGUAUGAUCUGUGGGAGACGCAACUCUCAAACAGGCUUCUAUAGUACAUAUUCUAGCUAUAUACAUAUUAGGGAUAUAGACGACAACAUAAGUGAACGCUUGAACAUCUUCUGGUUGAUUUGGACUUUUAACAUAGUACAAGUUUUGGUAUCAACCGUCACAAUUAUUGUGAUCUCUAUUUUCUUAAAAAUAAAGACAAUUACUAUUAUU